UUAUCAAAGAAUAAUAAUAAUAAAAAGAAAGUUAUAUAUACCGAGCAUAUGCAUCAAACUACUAUCAUAUCGCGCCUUCUCUUCAAAUCUCCUGCACUGACAUUCUUUCCUACUAUAACAACCAAAUUUUAAGUUUUUGUUUCAUUCAUGGCGACAAUAUCAUCUUCAAUUUCUGCUGAUUUCAGUGGUGAGAAUGGGUAUGCAGAAAUUGACUGGGACAAUAUAGGAUUCAGCCUAACGCCUACAGAUUAUAUGUACAAGAUGAAGUGUUCCAAAGAUGACGAGUUUACAGUUAUAGAGGCUAAUCUAAUUCCAUAUGGAAACAUUGAGUUGAGCCCUGCUGCUGGUGUUUUGAACUAUGGCCAGGGUCUAUUUGAGGGAAUGAAAGUUAUAAGGAGAGAAGAUGGGAAGCUAGUCUUAUUCCGACCCGAAGAAAAUGCGUUACGCAUGAAAAUAGGCGCCGAAAGAAUGUGCAUGCCUUCUCCUUCUGUUGAUCAAUUCAUUGAUGCAGUGAAGCAGACUGCUCUUGCUAAUAAACGAUGGAUUCCUCCUCCAGGGAAAGGCUCACUUUACAUUAGACCUUUGCUUCUAGGAACUGGACCGAUCCUCGGUCUAUCCCCGGCUCUUGAGUACACAUUUCUUAUCUAUGCUUCUCCUGUUCGCAAUUAUUUUAAGGAAGGAAGCGCAGCUUUGAACUUGUAUGUCGAGGAUCAAUUUGAUCGUGCAUCUCGUGGUGGUUCUGGUGGUGUGAAAUCAAUUACCAACUAUGCGCCAGUUUUGAAACCUAUGACUAAGGCAAAAGACAGAGGAUUUUCGGAUGUUCUAUAUCUUGAUUCUGUGAGCGGAAAAUAUAUUGAGGAAGUUUCUUCCUGCAAUAUUUUUAUUGUCAAGGAUAAAAUAAUAUCGACCCCAACAAUAAAUGGCACCAUUCUCCCUGGUGUAACAAGGAAAACUAUCAUAAAUAUUGCUUGUGAUCAUGGUUUUAAGGUUGAAGAACGACAAAUUGCUGUGGAGGAAUUGCUCGAAGCAGACGAAGUUUUUUGCACCGGAACUGCUGUUGUAGUUGUACCCGUGGGAAGCAUUACAUACCAAGGCAAAAGGGUAGAAUACCAUACAACAGAUACAAAUUCAGUGAAUAAGAAGUUGUUGUCAACAUUUGUCGCGAUUCAAAAUGGUCAGGUUGAAGACAUCCAUGGUUGGCUAGUUGAAAUUAAUUAAUUGAGGUCUAUUGUUUCUCCUAAGCAUGAAACAACCCUUCAAAUCUUCAAUUGAACAAAUGUAGUUCAAUACAUAAAUUGUAUUUCGCAAAUUUUCUUAUAGAUGAAAUUAAGCUAUGAAGAUCAUGUUAUUUUAUACACUAGUAAGGCCAGGUGGUUAACUAAAUAUACUUCUUUGCUUUGUCUCAAAAAAACUAAAAAAAAAAAUGAAAGGCCAUUUGGUGGUUGAAUUUGGCUAUUUAAGUUUCAGAUCUGAAACAUCCGGUCGAAUUCGACCACCACGGGUUGAAUUUAACACUCAGUUUGCCGGAAAAUGUCAGAAUUAAUUGUUUUUGGCGAAAGAGGUGAAGGUGGGUGGUGGUUUUGGUGAGGUUAAUGGAGGUAUGUAGUGGUUUGGGUGAGUCGGUGAGGUUGCUAGAUUAUAUGCUCCUAAUGUAACAAUCCGUAAUUUUAAAGGUUAAUUAAUUUAAGGAAAAUUUGAAAAAUACCACCAUUUAUUGUUCACAUUUUGUACAAUACCAUCUCAAUUUUUUUUUAUUUAUUAUUUAUUUUUUAUUUUUAUUUAUUUUUUAUUUAUUUUUAUUGUAUAUUACCACCUAAUUUUCUCAAAAACCCAAAAAAUCUCACUUCUUUUGCCCAUCUCCCCUAUAUGACGUCACGGUGGGUCUCACUAACCAAUUUUCCUUCUUUCUUCCUUCAAAUUUCACCUUUCUUCCCUAAUCAUCCUAAUUAACCAAUUUUGCAACUAAUUAACCCUAGAAUCAACUCCCCAAAUUUAUUUUAUAAACCUUAAUUAUUGAAGCACCCCCAAAUUGAUUUUAUAAACCCUAAUUAAACAAAAUUCUCUAUAACAUGAUUAUGCCCUCGAUUUUGCAUUAUCGUUUGGCUUGAAGAACAAAUUAGCGAAUUAAAACCCUAAAUAACGCCUAAUUGAUUCGCAAAUUGAUAUUAAAAUUAGA